ACUCAGCCCGAGCACUCCGAGCCCAGCACGCGACACAGGAAGUGCUGGUUGAUCAAGCUGAGCUAGCCAGCUAGGUUUUAGUCAGGUAGGUUAGCUUGGCAUUUAACGAAGUAGUCACAAUGGGGCUGUUCGGCAGAACACCGGAUAAACCACCAAAGGAUCUGAUCAAUGAAUGGUCUCAAAAGAUCAGGAAGGAAAUGAGAGUGAUUGACAGACAAAUUCGAGAUAUUCAAAGAGAAGAAGAAAAAGUUAAAAGGUCCAUCAAAGACGCUGCCAAAAAGGGACAAAAGGAUGUGUGCAUCAUCCUUGCAAAGGAGAUGAUUCAGUCGAAACGAGCUGUCUCAAAACUUUACGCUUCGAAAGCCCAGAUGAACUCUGUGCUACUCAGCAUGAAGAAUCAGCUUUCUGUACUGCGUGUAGCUGGAGCCCUGCAGAAGAGCACAGAGGUCAUGAAAGCCAUGCAGAGCCUUGUCAAGAUCCCAGAGAUCCAGGCCACCAUGAGGGAGCUAUCAAAGGAGAUGAUGAAGGCCGGCAUCAUUGAGGAAAUGCUAGAAGACACAUUUGAGAGCAUGGAAGAUGGAGAGGAGAUGGAGGAAGCAGCGGAGGAGGAAGUGGACAAGAUCCUCUUUGAGAUCACAGCAGGCGCCCUUGGCAAAGCACCGAGCAAAGUCACAGACGCCCUGCCUGAAAUGGAGCCCCCCGGAGCCGCUGCGGCCUCAGAUGAUGAGUCAGAGGAGGACAUUGAAGCGAUGCAGUCGAGACUGGCAGCUCUGAGGAGCUAAGGUGAACUUCCACUGUUCUGUCAAAGUCUGUUUGCUUACUCCAUGUAAGGACAGAGACAAUUUUGGUGCAGAGUUUACAGCUCUGAGCGUCCUCCCUCUUUGCUUCAUAUUAUAAUUAUUUCACAUAAUCAUUUGGGGUUAACGUUGUGCUACGAGAGUUAAUGUCUUUAAAAAGACAAGUUUUUUUUAUAGAACGUUUGGUCUACUCAGCCAGAAGAAACAUGUUUUUGUUUCGUUGGGUUUUUUUUUUUUGCUUUUUGUCUUUUAUUAUCAGGGGUAACCCUAGGUAAGUCUAUUAUCCAAAGUCAAACAGAAGGUUUAAGAAAGUGUAUAUAAUGUAUGUAUGUAUGAAAAGCCUGCUGUGCCUACAGUGCUUCAUCAUAUUCUUCUUCUGUCCUAAGUUAUGGACUCCUGGUGGACGUACUUUGGUAUUUAUGUUCCAAACAAGUGAUUGAGUAACUGUUGAUGGAAACCAUCCUGCAGAAAUGUUCAGUGCAAAUCGCAUCAUCCUAGAUCAUUAUUCAGCAGUAGAUCUAAUCUGUUACAAUAUAUUUUGUACGCAACAGCUGUUCUGUUAACCAGUAAUUAGCCUACAUUUUCUAAAACACUAGAGGUGAUGGGUGGAUUUUUCUUUUUGAUAGUUAAUUUUCUGUACAGUCAAAAUGUAUCUCUACUAAAUGUGGUUCUACAUGUAUAGUACACUUAUCAGAAAAAUGCACACAUACUGCCCUAACCUUUCGUUUGUUUGUUUUUGCAUUAACAUUCAGCUUGUUAAAUGUUUGACUUUGUAUCAUGAUUGAUUUCCUUCUCAGCAGGAAGAUGCAAAGGAAAUGGAAAGCUUGGUUAGUGCAGGACAUAUGUGUUGUGGAAGUAUUGUGUGUAUAAUUUUUCUAUGUGAGUGGGGACGAAAUAAUGAAAUAAAACUUUUAAGAACAAA